AUGGCUGCAAUUGAAAAACAAUAUCCACUGGGCUCUCCUCUAGUGCACAUUAAAAUGUGUGAAUCCCAUGAAUUACCUAUUGAUAUUGUAUGUGAGGACUGUGAUAAAUUUAUUUGUGCCAAAUGUGCUAAAACGGAUCAUAGAAAUCAUGACUGGAAAACUAUACCUACAGCAGCCACUGAAAGGAGGAGGGGUCUACUUUCAUUUCUGAAGAACAUCAAGGAAGAGAAUCUACCUGGGAUUGAGGAGAAAAUGGAAAAGGUGUCUACACAAAUCAUAGAAAAUAAAGAACUGUGCGACUCUGAGAUUAAAAAGCUUCAGAAGCAUUGUGAAGAGAUAAUGGCCAGGCUAACAGAAAUCAGAGAGCGCCAUAAAAAAACACUGCAAGACAAUAUAGUUAAAAAGAAUGAUCAACUGAAUCAUGUGAAAUCUGAGUUAGACAAGAAGAAGAGAAGAAUUAUUGACACAGUGGAAUUCAUGGAGGUGAACAACAGCACCAUGUCAGAUUACAGCUUGAUUGACAACCACAGAGAACUGACAAAAAUGCUGUCUGAAUUGGAGGUUCAUAUGACAAACUGUGAACAUUCAGUGAGGUUCACUAGAGGGGAAAUCAAAGAUGACUUUCUUAAUUCUAUGGUUGGAAAAACUUGGGAUUUAGAUGAUACUGAUGUGACUAUAAAAAACUCCUUUCAAUAUGGAGAUAAAGUAAUAAAUAUUUUGGAGGUAUUAAGUGAAGAUCAAUGCUACAUAAAUGAAUUUAAAACAAAAUAUAUAGAAAAAGUUAAUCAGCAAGGCACUAAAGAACAUAAAUUUAGUAUUUUUCCUAAUGACAUGUGUGUGACUGAUAACGGUAAUGUUUAUUUCUCUGACUUAAGUAACAUAUCCAUCAGCUGUCUGUCACCAUCAGGAUCUGUCUCUAAGGUCAUCAGUACAGAUCCACUUCUACCAUUAGGAAUCUGUCAGUCAGUGGACGGUGGACUACUGGUCACCUUGAGAGACACAGAAUCAGAUCGUUACAAAUUAGAGUCACACAGCAGACGUCUGGUGAGACACAUCACAGUGACAGGUGAUGUCAUCCAUGAGAAUGAGUACCAGGAGGACGGUCACACCAGACUGUUUACAUUUCCAUUCAGAGUCACACAGAACAGUAACAGUGAUAUCUGUGUUGUGAACCAUACAAGUCCCACUACAGGUGAUCUAGUGAUUAUGCCCUCCUCUGGUCGUUUGAAGUCUGUCUACCGUGGACAGAACCUGACACAUAAUUUCUGUCCAACUGAUGUAGUGUGCGACUCCCUCUGUGACAUCCUUGUUACUGACUCUGAUAACAAACAGAUCCAUCUGCUGAGUCCUGACGGGGACUUCUUAAAGUUCUUACUAACAGAAAAUGAAGUGAACCCACCAGUCUCUUUGUCCCUAUACAAGUCUACACUGUGGGUGGGAUUCUAUGAAGGACUUAUCAAAGUGUUUCAAUAUAGAUGGCAAAACGUAUGA